AUGGAGAAACACGAUGCAUAUGAUCCAUACAGCCGACCGGCGCGCAGAACACAAUGGAUUGUGAGCACGCUUGCUUACCAUUAUGGGUUAGAUCGUGGGGUGGAAAAUGAAAUUAUAGUUCUUGCAACCGGUUUAGAUCAAUACUUGCAGGAGAUUUUUCAUCAUUUGGACUGUCAAGGGGAUGGUAAAAUCCCUGCCGAGGAUUUUAGUAUUCUUUGUGACAUUUUGGGGCUAACUAAAGAAUCCGAUCUGGAAGAGUGCGCGGGGAUAUUGGAUGAUCUACCCAAAGAAUUUACUUUCAGACAGUUCCAUGCAAAACUGUGUGGUUACUUCAGCACUAAAGCUGGAUGCCAAUAUGAAAACGGACGGCUACUCGUAGGAAAAGAGAGUGAGCACAUCGAAACUCAAAUCCGCUUGCGGAGCCCUUUGAGACGGCGAGAGAAGCUACUCACUUUGGGAACCAGUAAGCGGGGGGACAGGAGUACUUCUCCCACUUCAGAUCGACACACGUCGGGAUGCAAGCAGUUGGGGUCGUGCUCGAGAGAGUGUUACGAGGAGAUCGUCGCCUUGGAAGAGGCCGAAGAUAGGAUAGCUAAACUGGAGGAUGAAAACGCAAGUCUCAGAGAGUUAGUGGAGGACAUGCGGGCGGCUCUUCAGAGUAGUGAUGCGCGCUCGCUGGCUUUACAGGUGGGACUUUGGAAAAGCCAUUCCAAGCACAAAGCAGAGGGUGGCUGUUUCAUCGCACAUCAGAAGCGUACUGUUCAAAAGCCCAGCACCUAUGGGAACUUGAAGAGCCUGCAGAGUUUUUUGAGAGAGGUUGAGCUGAUUCGUAGCUCACGGGAUGGUCAGAUUGAGGAAGCCAUGAUCUUCAACCAAAAGCUGGAGCAGGAAUUGCGCAUCUCCAAGGAUGCUGUACUGAUGUUAGAGGAGUGUAACAGGACACUUAAAAAAGAACAAGUGGGCAUGAGAAAGAAGGUUGAGGAUGCCAGACAAGCGCUGCUCAGUGGCCUGAGUAAAGUUAAGGAGCUAGAGGCCAAAGCCAGCCAUGUACCUGUGCUGCAGAGACAUAUCCGACAGCUGGAAGUGGAGCUCCUCUAUUACAGGUCUGAAAUGUCUAAAGUCCAGAUUCCAUUCAGCAGCGGCGGUGGCAGCAGGCAGCAGAGUCGACAGAGUUGGGUAGAUACACAACAGGACCGCUGCUCACCGACAGGCCACGCAGAGAAUGCCUCCGACCAAAUGGAGGAACAGCUUUUCCGUUCGGUGGAGGGCCAGGCUGCAUCAGAUGAGGAGGAAGAGCGAUGGACUGGGGAGCAGCAGAGACAGGUGGAUGAAGUGAAGAGAAUCUUGACCCGGCUGUCUUGCUGUGGAGACAGAUGUGAUGAAAAAGCAGUGAAGAAGCUUCUGUCACAUUUUGGGGACUCGAGUGCUGAGGAAAGUCAGAGUGCCAUCCUGGAACUCCUGGAGAAAGUCACCAGACUCAACAAACAGCUAGAGCUGAAAGAGAGUCAGGCCAGAAAGGCUGAGAUGGACAUGGACCAGGUGAAAGGCUCCCUGAUGCAAGAGCUGCAGCAGAAGGCUGAAGAAACAGAGCAGUUGCACAGAGAGCUGCAGAUGCUGGAGACUGAGAGGGUGCGUCUGUCCCUGGUUGAGGAGAAGCUCAUGGAUGUUCUGCAGCUCUUGCAGCAGCUGCGAGACCUGAAGGUAUCAAGGAGAUCUCUAGGGAAGAUUUUGUUGACCACUUUAGAGUCUUGCAGUGACCCCCAACAUGGGAAAGCUCAUAUCCUAGAAGUACUCAAUGCUCUUUGUCAUGAGCUAGCAGCAUGUGAGGUUCUGUCCAGCAGUGCAGCCCUGGAAAGAACACAGAGCCAUCAGUCUCUAUGCAACUCGCUGGUCAUCUCCUGCUAG